GACGGUUUCGAUUUGUUGUCCAAGUCUUAGUGCAAUAGCUAUAAAGCCGGAACUUGCAUCCCCUGACGCUCUUGGUGCUUAGAGCUUCACAUCGACAAUGAGCUACGAGCCACCACCUUACGGAGGAGGCUAUCAACCACCUUCUAGCCAUGGUCCUCCUCCCCCAGACCACUACGGUCCGCCGCCCCCGUCCUACAGCAGCUAUGCCCCGCCCCCUUAUAGCUACCCGCCGCCUUACUCUGCUCCUCCCCCGAGCUAUGGUUCGGGUCCAGCUGGCACGGAGGAGGUCCGCACUAUUUUCGUGACGGGCUUUCCCGGUGAUGUGAAGGAGCGCGAGCUCAACAAUCUGCUUCGGUUUCUGCCGGGCUACGAGGCUUCUCAAAUGAACUACAGCAAGGGAGCAGCACAGGGCUUUGCGCUCUUCACGACGGGUGCCAUGGCCCGUGCAGCUUGCGACCAGUUGCAGCACGUUCGGUUCGACGAGGUCAGCACCCUGCGCUGUGAGAUGGCGCGCAAGAACAUGUACAUCCGGGACAUGGAGCCGAACAAGCGGCAGAGGCCCAACCCGCCGGCGCCGGGAGGCUAUGGUGCACCGGUCGGUGGUGGUGGCGGUCACGGGUACGGCCGACCUGCGCCGCCCUCGUACGGCAGCGCAGGCGGUGGCGGCGGCGGUGCCGCUGGCGCCGCAGCGCGCGACGACAACCCGCCUUGCAACACCCUCUUUGUCGGCAACCUCGCGGACACGGUGGACGAGAACGAGCUCCGAAACCUCUUCUCGGGCUCACCAGGCUUCCGGCAAAUUAAGCUUAUGCGGGGACCGAAGGCCACGCUUGGGUUUGUUGAGUUUGAUGACGUGCCGACGGCCAUGGCUGCCCACGCCGCGCAGCAAGGAGCGGUGCUUGCGAGCAGCGACCGUGGACCCAUUCGCGUGCAGUACUCGAAGAACCCCUUUGGGCGGAAGCGUGACGCGGAUGGCAGGAUGAUCGAGACGCCGAACACGCGGGAGGGCAUCGUGCCGGCGACAGGCAGUGCACCGCCCUCGUACGGCGGCGGAGCGCCUGGGGCGUACGGCGGGUCGCAGGGCGAGUACGGCGGACCCGGCGGCAACCAAUAAGGACGCUACUGGCCAUGCGGGCGGCGGCGCGACAUUGGCAGGACCCCCGCUUGGUGUGCGCACUGGCAUCUCAUGCGCCAUGCCCAUGACACCACGUUACAAAUACCACACACACAACCAAAUUGGGCGGCGCACCAUUCCCGCCGCUGCUGCUGCCUGGCACUUCACUGCUGUGGCUGUUGUUGGCUCACCGCUCGGGACGCACGACAUGUUUCCUGGGACCCCAUGUGAUUGAUGAUCUACGUUGAUGAAGCACCAUCACGCACCUGCGGCACUGGGCAUCACGGCACGCGGAUUGCAGCAACGACACACACUUGGCAACUUCACUUUAGCAACAGCAGCAGUUGACACACGCGUUCUGCCGGAGAGCACGAGCACCACGUACGAUUUAUUGUGUACGACAUACACGGCACGACACGACCCGCCUUGCAAAUUCAACUUCACGACCACAUUCUACUGCCACGUCGCGUCACGACACGAAGCACAGCGCCGUACAUCAACACCUUUUGAUUGUGUCGACGGCCCGGAUAGCAGCGAGCAAGUAACUAUGCAUUGCGGGACCUAACCGUUUGCCUUGACAUAUGCUUUAUUGAUGACGGAAUGACGUGCAAGCAAGGCGUUCCGGGUGGGUUGUCGCGUUGCUGGGCCUACUACUUGGCCAUGGCGUUGGUGUGUUCAUAUCUGGUUCGAUCCGUAUGGUUGCCGUUUGAGGGGUGUUUGCUCAUUUUACAUGGAGGUUUUUUGCGGACUUUCAAGUGCGCUAGGUACGAAAGGGUGUUGGGAUGACACUUUAGUCGUCGACGGUUAGCUUUUCCUGUUGCUGCGUGCAUCGCAUCUCGCAACUGAAACCUCGGACGCCGGAUUAUGCUGCGGUUAUUGCGCAUGAAUUGUUCGCCGCGGCCUCGGGUUACAAGCCUGAGCGCUAGACACGUCGUCGGAAGGUUUACUGCACGUUGGACGGUCGCCUGUUCACACUCGGAUCUGUGGUUUCUCCACAAUUAGU